AGAGAGAGAGCGAGAGAGAGAGAGAGAGAGAGAGAGAGAGAGAGAGAGAGAUGGUGAUGAUGAUGAUGAUGGCGUCUCUGUCGGCUCGACUCUCUCAAGCCUCCCUGAAAAACACGUUCUAACAACACCAGCGAAGCGGUGGAGAAAGAAAAGGAGGGAGGAAAAGGGAAAGGGAGGAUGAGAGCAUGACGAAACGGCGUGGCUCUAGACAGACGGACGGACAAAACGCUGACGACUUGACUGACUGACUGACUGACUGACCGUUUUGGCUUCGACACACACACACACACACACACACGCGCGCGCGCCCGCUCGCGCACACGCUCGAGCACAUCCAUAUUCCGGAGAGUAAUUGAGGCGCGAAAAGAAGAAGAAGAAGGAGAAGAAAGACAACCAAAACACCGGAGGUCGGACAUUUUCAUGUCAAGCUCGAACAGCAGUCUCUGUGACCCCAACAGAGAAGAGUGCGACUUUACAGGAUGGGGGUAGUCAGCGAGGGAGAAGACGUUUUAGCACGGUGGAGUGAUGGACUGCUAUACCUGGGCAGCGUCAAAAGAGUAGAUGUCGUCAAGCAGUGCUGCUUGGUCAGAUUUGAGGAUAAUUCGGAGUUUUGGGUCCUCAGGAAAGACAUUCACUCGUUCUCAGCCAGUGGAGAGGAUGUUUGUUGUGUCUGUGACGGGCCACCUCUUAAAGAGCCUCUCAUAAACUGUCUCAAAUGCCGCCACGGUUAUCAUCCGCAGUGCCAUACUCCAACCAUUGAACCCGAGGUUGACAGCAACUCCUGGAUCUGCCGCCAAUGUGUCUUUGCUGUUGCAACCAAGAGAGGGGGAGCCUUAAAACGAGGGCGCUUCGCCCGACUAAUGCAGUUAAUGAAACUGAGGCUGCCCUAUCAGCUGACGUCUUUGGACUGGGAUCCCCAGCACCUGACCAACCAGCAACAGUGCUACUGCUACUGUGCCGGACCUGGAGAGUGGAACUUGAAGAUGUUGCAGUGCGGCAGUUGUGGACAGUGGUUUCAUGAAGCUUGCACCCAGUGCCUGACCAAACCUUUGCUUUAUGGAGACAGGUUUUAUCAGUUCCAGUGUUCGGUUUGUUCAAAUGGCCCAGAGACUAUUCAGAGACUGCCCAUGACCUGGGUAGAUUUGGCCCAUUUAGUGCUGUAUCAUCUGUCUCUGUGCUGCAAGAGGAAAUACUUUGAUUUCGAUCAUGAAAUAAUGUCCUUCACAAAUGAGAACUGGGAUUCUUUGCUGUUGGGCACGUUGUCAGAUACACCCAAGCAAGAUCGCUGCAACAAUCUGCUCAACGCUUUAAAUUCCCACAAAGACAGGUUUGUCUCGGGCAAGGAAAUCAAGAAGAAAAAGUGUCUUUUUGGCCUUCAAGUGCGAGCUCCUCCGCCGCUCUCGUCUGACUCAUCACCUCUCAUCGCUGACCAGCCAGUCAGCAUCACACACCGCAGAAGCCCCCUGUCACUGCCGUGCCAGAGACGAACGGUGGUGCCUGAGUCUCGCAAAUCAAAGCGGCGCAUGGUCGAGACACAGCCCUGUCCUCCAGGAGUUACUGCCAACCCGAUAGAUCUGGUGCCAUGUUGCCAUGGUUAUGUAGGUGGGGCCAACAUCUACAACUCCCGAAAAUCCGAGGAGGAAUUAGCCUUGGGAUCACCUCCCAAGAGAAUGUUUGCCCUGUAUCACCCGUCAUACAAUGGAUCUCAGGGUCUGUCUCGAACUUUGCAUCACUACAGUGCGGAGGACCCUUGUCGGCUUCCAGCCCCCUGUCUGCCCUUCUCACCCCCUCAUUCUGCUGGCCAGAGGUUUGAGCAAUGCCCCUCACUGUUCCUGCGUGAUGUCACUCCCUACCCCAACGGAGUGGGCAUGGAAGGGUCUGCGGCAAGAGGCUGGGGCGGUGGGGAGGCCGUCAGGAUUCUGGCCAGACGCGUCACGCCAGAUGGAAAAGUCCAGUACUUAGUGGAAUGGGGAAACGUGGCGGUUUACUAAAAGAUAGAAAGAAGAGAGUGAAUAUAUAUGAGAGAAAGAUAGAGAGAGCAGGUAAGUGAGAGGAAGAAAGACAGUACAUAAUACUCAACAGUUGGCAAGAAGAGUGAGGAAAGCUGUGUGAACUUGCUGAUUGGGUGGGAUAUAUAUGUAUAUGUGUGUGUGUGUGUGUGUGUGUAUAUAUAUACAUAUAUAUACACACACAUGUGGCUGGACUCGAGUCAAAGCAAACAAAGGAAAAAAAAACAUGAAACAAAUCCAGGUUGAGCUCAACAGCAACUUCACUCUGUGGGAUUAUACUGUUAGAUCUCUUUUCCCCCACAGACGUCUCCUAUAUUUUGAAUACUGUUAGAAAACACCCUUAGAAUGCCUUGAACUUUACUAUCAUGAUUUGUAUUAUAUAUAUACAAUAUAAGCUAUCCAUGGUAAUUAUAUGUUGUUAAUGCACUCAUCAUAGUUCAGGAGGUGAGAAUUUGAAGAAAGGUUUAUCGGGAGGUCAUAAAGUACACCUGUAAUUGUAAUAUUACCUUAACAGGUACGAAAAGCAGCCUUGAGAAAUAAUCCAAGUCGCAUUUAGGCAUUCGUCUUAAUAUGCAAACCUUUUGAUUGAUGAUCUAACAGGAGGUCUGACCAACAAUAUAAUUAGGCAAUAGAGAAAAGUUCGUUUUGCACGUUUGCGGAUCACCUGAUACAAAAAUGUUGAGCACCUUCAUUAUUCAUUUUAUUCAAGUACACCUUCAAGUGCUCACGGUGUCCUUUUUGGGUCAGGUCAUGAUCCAUACUGAGGAAAUUUAAAAUUUCACAUCCUCAAACAUUGACGUUUCACUCAUGAUCUUCAUGUCAGAUUGUAACCCUAUUUAAGACAGAUGAUGCUAACUAAGCUACACUGACACAGAACUUCCAUUCUAACUAGCUGACAUUUUCAUACCUAAUUCUGUUACCAGUUGGUAAGACAUUGUGAAACUUUUUUAAGUUCUUAUAUAUGCCAUCUAACCCAUCAGUAAGUGUGCACAGCAAAAAAAAAAAGGGAAAAAAAGUUGAAGUUAAAGGGAUCAGCUGAAAAA